AAGCGGAUUGGCGUUGGUUAGUAUUUCAGAGGAGGAGCCGGGUCCUCUACGGAGCGACGCCGAGGCUAAAGGAGGACCUAAGAUCAGCCGCACCUUCAGCUACAUCCGCAACAAGAUGACCAAGAAGAGCAAGGAGAAGGAGAGGAAAGGCGAGAGGGAGCGGGAGAGCAAAGAGAGAGAAAAGAAGAGUGCAAGCGGUCACGUCUUCAUCCCCGCCGGCGCGUCUCCAUCCGCGGCCUGUCAGCACUGCAGCAAAGUCCUCAACAGCAAGGAGACGUUCCUCUGCAACAACUGUGGGGCCCAUGUGCAUAAGUGCUGCAGAGAGAGUCUGCCCACCUGUACAAAGAGCAAAGCAAAGACGUCCUGUGUUUGCUUCCAGCAGCAGUUGCUGGUGGCAGAAGCUGCUCCGGGGUCAGCUGUUAACACCAGGAGUAAAUCUACAUCUUCAGCAUCGUCUGCGUCCUCUACGUCUUCCUCGUCGUCACGGGAACGCUGGUCCACAGCAACCAGCCCUGAAGAGCAGCUCCCCUUGAGUUUUCCACGAAGACACCCAGGUCUGUUCAACCCGCACAGCAACCUGGCAAAGAGCAUCUCCACCAGCAACAUAGCCGGGCUGGACGAAGUGUCACUUAAAGGCCUGAAGUUUCUUUCCCAGUCCACUGACUCUCUGCACAAGGGGGGCAAAGUCAACGCCUCCACGGAGUCCCUGACGGAUGAAGGUACGGAGAUGAUGGACAGCCAGCUGAUGGGAGAGUUUGAGUGCGACACUAAAGAUCUGGAAGCCGACUCUUGGAGCGGCACCAUGGAGAAGAAGUUCCUGAAAUUGUUGAAGAAAGACGAAAUCAAGAAACAAGACGUUAUCUAUGAGUUGUACCAGACGGAGUUCCACCACGUGAGGACGCUGAAGAUCAUGUCUGAAGUCUACUACAAAGGUCUUCAGAAAGAGCUGCAGCUCGACCCUCAAACCCUGGACAAGAUCUUCCCCGUUUUGGACGACAUGUUGGAGACGCACACACAUUUCCUCACUCUGCUCCUGGAGAGAAAGAAAGCUUCAUCAACCGAAGGACAGAACAACAACUACCUCAUCUUCAGCAUCGGGGACGUGCUGCUCAACCAGUUUUCAGGCAGCAGCGCCGAUCGCAUGAAGAGAGUUUACGGGAAGUUCUGCAGUCGCCACAGCGAAGCCGUCAAUCUCUACAAAGACCUGCACGCCAAAGACAAACGCUUCCAGGCGUUCAUCAAGAGAACGAUGAGCAGCAGCAUUGUGCGGCGACUCAGCAUCCCAGAGUGCAUUCUGCUGGUCACCCAGAGGAUCACCAAGUACCCCGUCCUCAUCCAGAGGAUGCUGCAGCACACUAAAGACUCCGAUGAAGACCACGGCUGCGUCUGUGAAGCUCUGCGCUGCGUGAAGGAGAUGAUCACGGCUGUGGACAGCAAGGUCAACGAGCAGGAGAAGAAACAGAAGCUGAGGGAGGUGUACAGUCGCACCGACAGCAAGUCCAUCAUGAGGAUGAAGAGCGGCCAGAUGUUCGCUAAGGAGGACCUGAUUAGGGGGAGGAAGCUGCUGCACGACGGAGCGCUGCAGCUGAAGAACUCCGCCGGGCGGCUCAAAGACGUCCAGGCCAUGCUGCUGUCGGACGUGUUGAUAUUUCUUCAAGAAAAAGACCAGAAAUACGUCUUUGCCUCAUUGGACCAGCGCUCCACCGUCAUCUCUCUGCAGAGCCUGAUAGUCCGAGAAGUGGCCAACGAGGAGCGAGGUCUCUUUCUGAUCACAGCUGGAAUAGAGAAACCAGAGAUGGUGGAGGUGUUGGCCAGCAGCAAGGAGGAGCGCAACACGUGGAGAGCCAUCAUACAGGACGCCAUGCACUGCAUGGAGAAAGACGAGGACGAGGGAGUCCCCAGUGAGACAGAAGAAGACCGGAGGCAGCAGGAGAGCAGAGCGAAGGAGAUCCGAGAGCUUCUGCGAAGGAAAGACGAGCAAAUCAUCUCUUUAUUGGAAGAGAAGGUCCACAUCUUCAGGGACCUGGGCGACUCUAGUCCCGCCCCUGAUGAUCCCAGUCCACCGGUCAGAGAGCGGAUGUUGUUCAUGGCCACACCCGACGACGUCACCAAGGGGGAGCCAAUCAUGAUGGACGCCCUGAGGGAAGUGGAGACCCUGCAUGGCUUGGUCAACAGCGGCUGCAGUGUUCCAGUCGGCCUGACAGGGGGCAGCGUGGGACCGGUCUGCCUGCCCAGGAGAGCGGAGACAUUCGGGGGCUUCGACAGUCACCAGAUGAACAGCAGCAAGAAUGGAGACAAGGAGGAGGGGGAUGAAUCACUGGACCUCCGUAGGACGGAGUCAGACAGCGUGUUGAAGAAGGGAGCCACCGCCAGCCUCCAGAUGUUGCUGAAGAGAAACCAUGAGCAGGUGCAGCACAGUGUGACGCAUCUUCACGGCCUGCUGAUCUCACUUCAGGCCGUGGUAGUGCAGCAGGACUCGUACAUCGAGGACCAGCGGCAGACGCUGAGCGAACGGCUCACCGCCAAUUCUUCCAGACACUCGUCGUCCUCCUCGCUUUCGUCGUCUUCCUCGUCCCGCCCUUCCUCCCUCAUCGAGCAGGAGAAACACAGGAGCCUGGAGAGACAGCGGCAGGAGGCGGCCACCCUGCAGAAACAGCAAGCUGCACACCAGGAGGAAAAGAGGAGGAGAGAGAAGGCGUGGGAGCUGAAGGACAGGUGUCUGGCAGAGCGGGAGGAGAGGCUAAGAGCAGACGAGGACCAGACCCAGAUGAGGCAUCGGGAGGUGACGGAGGAGUGGGAGGCGCUCCGGAGGAGGAAAGAGGAGUACCAGGUGGAGCUGGAGAGGCUGAGGGAGGCGCAGAGGAGGCUGGAUAGAGACAAGGAGGCUCUGAAGAGAGACACCGAGAGACUUGAGGCCAUGAAGAAAGACGAGUCGGAGCAGCUUCAUCGGUACCAGCGGACUCCCUCCACCACCUCCGAGGAGUCCAUAAGGUUCCACAGCUCCGGGUCUCUGGACCUCGAGCCGAAGGAGGCAGCCGAACAGCCGAAAGUGGUGGAGCUCUCAACCUCCGCCCCGACCAAAGAGCCUUUCCUCCGCAUCGGAUCCAAGAGGAUGAAGAAAAACUUCAACCCCUUUUCCUCGUCAUCCUCCUCCAAGACUCAGGGAGCAGAGAAGGAGGCGCAGCUCCCCAACAGGCUGCUUCAGCUGACCAAACCCAAGGAGAAGAAGGACAAGAGGAAGACGAAGGGCAAAGCAGAGCAGACACAGACAGCUGGAGUGAUGUUGGAUCCUCAGAACGACGGGGACAUCUUCUUCUGCUGAGGACAGGGACAGCUUACAUGUGGACCCCUGAGUGACCCCUUAGCUCUCUAUUUGCAAAUGAAAUGCCCACAUGGGUCUCCUUUGCAGGCCGCAUGGACUUGGACACUGUCCCGACCGAAAGGAAGACGAUCCAACUAACCUGCAACAAGCACUGACCUCCUCCAUGAGUCCCCAGCUGAUGUCCCGUUGAGCUGGGGACUCAAUCAGGGGGUCUUUGAUCAACAAGUACGCCCCUCCCCUCCCCUCCCACCUUCCAUUAGUAAAUCCAACAAGAGGAAGAGGUAUUCCUGAUGUCUCCUGGCUGUAGGGACCCUCAAACCUCCUCCAGAAUCCAGACUGUAGCUUCAACACUUGUAGUGCCUUAAGUCUCUGACAUGGUCUCCGUCUGAUGGACGCAGUCACUGCAGGACAGGUGCUUCACAAUCGCCAAGCAAAGGAAAUCUGUCAUCAAACAGAUCAGAUGAAUCCAUGAACGCCUUUUUGGUGUGACAAUCACAGCAGUGCAACUUAAAAUACACACAUAUAUAUAUAUAUAUAUAUAUAUAUAUGUGUGUGUGUGUAUUUGUAUGUAUAUAAUGAGUGAGUGAUGCCUCAUUUUAACGGUUUGCCAUUUCCCCUUAAUGAUCUCAUCACACGUUGGUUACAGUCAUUUGCGUGGGAACAUCACUAACAGAUGAGCUGCAUUUAAAUCCAAACCAAUCUGCCUUUCAUAGCUGCAGAUUUUAUUCUUAAUAUAGCGUCAAUGUUUUGUGAUGACACAGAUCCCCAGGAGCUCGUUCUUUUACCCUUUUGUAACAUGUAGCACACCGGUUUUGAGUUGAGUAUUUGAUGUUUAUCUACAUCUCACCCUUUUGCACGUCCAUUAAAACUCUCUGAAACCA